AUGUCUUCCAACCACUCCGCCACCAGCAGCAGGUCACCGCCUCAUUCAAUUACCGUUGUCGUUAGGGUGCUAGAUGAGUUCGAAGAGGCGGCGUCGAUACCAGUCGGAAGGUUAAGGCAAGUGGUUGAUGCUAUGGCCGUUGAGAUGCAUGCUGGUUUAGCCUCUGAGAUGUUACUCACCUUCGUCGACAAUCUCCCAGACGGGGAAUUUGGGUUUGUUGAUUCACAGGAAAUGAAGAAGGAAUAA